UGUGAGAGGUGAGGGGAAGAGGUUGUGUUUCUCCUGCGCCUGCCACUCUCACUAGUAUACUACUGUUGUUGCUGCUGCUGCUGCUACUACUACUACUAUUAUUUCUACUGCCACUGCUACUACUAUUGCUAUUAAGACUACUACUACUACUAUAUUUUUUAUGGAAUAGUGAGGGACGUAGUGUACAUAGUCAGGAGAUAAAUCGAAGGAGAUGACAGGGACUUGGUGGCGGAGGCGGUGGUGGGGGCGGACGCUGGCUGUGGCUGUGGCGGCGAUGGUGGUGGUGGUGUUGGUUCGUGGUGUUGAAGCUGGUGUUGAAAGUCGUGCCAAACUCGUAGGGAACGGGUAUGAGGGCGUCGUGGUGGGCGUGUCGCAGGAGGUGAAUGAGGAAGAUGGACCCGCCCUGGUGGAGGCUCUGAAGGAAGUAUUCGAGGAAGCAUCCCGGAGGCUGUAUCGAGCAAGUGACAAACGAGCUUUCUUUCGCUCUCUCAGCAUCCUCAUCCCGCGAGACUGGACAUCUGUCAACACUACUUAUCCUGCUGGCGGUGAGAGCUAUGAGGGCAGUGACAUUCGCGUGGACCAACCCAAUCCAACUUACCACAACCAACCCUACACAGUGCAAAGUGGUGGCUGUGGUGACCCAGGCCAGUACAUACACCUCACACCUGAUUACCUGCUGAAUAAUGAGGAAGCCUGGUGGUAUGGACCCAGAGGUAAGGCCGUGCUCCUGGAGUGGGCUAAGUACCGCUGGGGGGUGUUUGACGAGCUGGGUUACCCUGGGGACCCCCUCUUCCCCCUCUUUCACACGGCCAAGGAGGGGCGCGUCUUCCCUACUCAUUGCGCUAACCAGUUGGUGAGAGGAAGGAUGAUAGACAAGAAGGGUCGGACCGCCUGUGGGGUGACGCGAACAGGUGCCCCGGAUAAGGACUGUCGCUUCGUGCCAUAUAGCGAGCAGAGUGCCACCUCCUCCCUGCUUUCCUACCCUCUGCUGAAAAGUGACCAGCUGGUGGAUUUCUGCGGAGGCACAGGAAGGGAGCAUGACCCGGACGCCCCCACCAAGCAGAAUGCCUUCUGCGACAAGAGACCGGCCUGGGACAUCAUAGGCGCCCACGCUGACUUUAGAGACGGCAAUAACCCGCCCACCGAGAGUUUUGGACCCAUGACAGUGAGGAUUGUACAGCAAGCCGACGCACAUUACGCCCUUGUUCUGGACUACUCCGGCUCCAUGAAUGACCAUUACCGGGUCCACAAGCUUAGGCGAACGGCUCGACGCUGGUUACUGCAUGAAGUGGCCGCUGGGAGUCACGUAGCCAUUAUUAACUUCAGCAAGAAAGCCAAGCUGGUUCACAGACUGACCCGUAUCACUGACGCCGACUCUCGUAAGGCGCUCGCUGACGCUAUCGAGACGAGGGCUGACGGCGGGACCAGCAUCGGGGCGGGGCUCUCCGUGGCGGCCAGGACGGUGUUAAAAGGUAAGAGUAACCCCGUCAUCCUCCUCAUCACGGACGGCGCCGAGAACGAGAAUCCAAGAAUUGACGACGUGUUGGCAGAAGUGGAGCGUUCGGGAGCCAGAGUUAUCACGGUGGCGUUCGGCGCCGAGGCAGACCCCAAACUCGAGAAGGUGGCGGAGGUAUCAGGCGGCAAAACCUUCACUGUGAACGACGUCGACGAGGGACAGAUGCUUGAGGACGCUUUCCACGGGGCACUCACCUUCCAGCCCCCGCCCCCCCUGGCCCUCCAAACUGUGACGAUACACGAAGAAGAGUUUCAGGAGAAUGGGACAGAAGCCUCCUCUUCCUUCCACGUCGAUUUCACCGUCGGAAGAAAUUUGACUUUAAGAUUGGAAACGGGAGUCCAGGCGCACCGGUCCUCCCCCAGCCUCACGCACCCCAAGGUCACCUCCGCCCCCGUGCUAAUCGGCCCGUCGGGAAGGGAAUACAGGGAUGCAAGCUUUGACCCGGACUCUUCAACUUGGACUCUCGUUGUACCGCAGGCAGAGGUUGGAAUAUGGCGUUGGUGGGUUGGCUUGUCGGGGGAUCGAGAUAACUUUGUUCGAGCCCGUGUGACCAGUCUGCCCAAAAAUCCGGACGUCCAGCCUAUAACUACGAGAGCCUGGGUGAGCGGACCCAGAGAGGUAAACGCCAGCGUGGACCGAGUCAUAAUAUUUGCCGAGGUGAAGCAAGGACACAGCCCAGUGGUGCAGGCCGAUGUGAGGGCUGUGGUGACCCCCCCUGGCGAGUUUGGCACCCAGGUGAUGUAUACCCUGCUGGACAACGGGCAGGGGGCGGACCGGCUGGCAGGGGACGGGAUCUACUCUCGCUACAUGACCAAGUACCCUUCCACCGGCCGCUACAGUGUCAAGGCCCAGGUAAUCAACGGGGACAAGGCGCUAAUCAACAAAGGCUUUCUGACUUCACCCCAAAGAAGAAGAAGACAGGUGGAGGAGGAGGGGAAGAGGAAGGAAGAGGAGGAGGAAGAUAUGGAUGAGGAUUACCUCAGAUAUUUCUUAGACGGACCGGACGUGUGCUGCGGCAGCCUGGUCCCCCUAUCCCCCGACGCCCAGCCCACCGGCCCCUUCACCCGCACAGCUAGUGGGGGAUCCAUUAGGGUGACCAGCGUGACCCAGGAAGAUGUUCUUGCGCCAGGAAGAAUAAGAGACCUCAGUGUGGGCUUGGUGGGCGUGGGGUGGGCGGGCUACAGUCUGCCCACGCACGCCCAUGUCACCCUGUCCUUUACUGCCCCCGGGGAUGAUUUGGAUUUUGGCGUGGUUUCAGGAUACGAACUACGAAUGACAUCAAUCAAAGAAGACCUAAACAACACCAACUUUAUCCUCUCCUUCUCCUCGUCCUCGUCCUCCUCCUCCUCCUCCUGGCGCGUGGUCGAUUUAAGUGGACAUCCGCUGGAGGUAGAGGGAGGGACACAUCUUCUCCUCAACCUCUCCCUCACCCUCUCCUCCCCCACCACCUUCUUUGCCAUGAGAGCUUGGGAUGAGCAAGGGACUGCGAGCGAGGUGUCCAAUAUUGCCUCCCUUCACCUCGACGCCGCCCCCCGCCCCCCAUCUCAUUUCAGGGGGCUGAGGGUGUGGGUGGUGGUGGUGGUGGUGGUCGCAGUGUUGUGUCUGGUGGUGGUGGUAAUGAUGCUGUGUUUGGCCAGGAAGAGGAAGAAGAGGAGCGCUGUGCAGAAAUUUAUUUAAGGGAGGUUCCCAUGAGGGAGUGGGCAUUCGAGCAGUGAUGGGAUUCAGCUGCAUGGUUCGCACCAGUUCGCAAGAACCUGUUCUUGGAAUUUCUUUAAUCCCGAGAACCGGUUGUUACUGCUAGCUUUAAUCAGGGGUUCUCAGUUUUUCCCCCAUGAACACCUUUUACUUAUAACUUAUUUUGGUAAACCCCUCAUAGAGAGAACCUGUUCUUAAAAAAAUUGAAUCCCACCACUGCAUUCGAGGUAUAGAGAUUGAUACAUCGCUAAUAUUUUGCCUGUAUAUAGUUGCUGUAUGAAAGAAAAAAAGAGCAACCUCAUGUAAAUUUUGUUAAAAGAUUUCAAUUAUAUUUGUGUUUCGUGAUGCAAGUUCUGAAUCAUUGCUCCCAGCACUGUACUUAAUACUUGCUUCAGUGAAUUUUAGGUUGAUGAGGUUGAAAAAGUAAAUGAAAACAUUGCCUUGGUGCCUAAGAUGAAAAAAAGUGCAGUAAUAUGCAGGGAACACUACAUCAGUUGUUUAACCUUAGGUCUUUGCAUAUACUUCAAGUAGACCAAAUAUAUAUGUGUAUUUUCUGUUUUUAUCCUUGGAUAAAAAUCUGAUGUUUUCAAGAGUAAUGAGUUAUAGUUAUCAUAUAAUUUAUAGACUUGAUUCUAAGCAUUUAGGUAUCUGUAAAGAAAUUAACUAAUCUAAAAUACAAGAAUAAUUCUUUAAUUUAUAUUAAUCUUAGCUUUCAGCCAAAGAUUUGUGGUAGAUCAUCAAAUAUUA